GAUGAUGCGAUCCCCUAUGUGGAUUCUGGACGAGGUCACAACCAAUCACAGAGUGUCCUGUUACAAGUCCACCAAUGACGGCUCAGGACAACUGGGUCGCUGCCCAAGCUGCCCGUGCUGCCCAUCGGAAUCGCGGGGGACGGGCAACGCGGGCCGGGGGCCGGGCGGAGAGCGACGCCCCAAGGAGUGUGGGAAGGGGGCAGGGAGGUGCCAUAGUUGCCUGUGCGGAGAUCGGAGGCUAAGCAAUUGUGAGGUCGCAGCAGCAGCAGCAUUGGUUUCGCCUCCAUUCCGCAACGCCCCCCCGCUCUCUGCAAAGAGUCCACAAUCCAUGGCUGCCUCGGCUACCGCAGCAGUGGUCGGCUCUGCGUUCGCCCUUGGCUUCAAUGUCGUCGGGCCUCGGUCCGUUUCUAUCGAAGCUUCUGGGGUUAGGAAUUCGAUUAAACCCGUCGCUGCCGUGACGCAGCCCGCAUGGCGAUCUCCCAGCCAGAUCACUGCCAAGCUGCCUGCCCUGCGAUCGUCUUUCCUCGCCAGGUCCUCGGUUGCGCGAGCGUUGGAGUUCAACCCGUUGUUGCAGAGCUCUAGUUUGAAGAACGUGAGCGGCGUGAAUGUGAGGAGGAAUGUCGGGUCGACGGUGUGCAUGGCGAGUGCGUCGGACUCUUCUGGAGACGACCCUGCAGAGGUUGCCAAGGAGAAGAAGGAAGAGGCUCAAGGUUUCCUUGCCAAGUAUCCCGCUUUGGUCACUGGAUUUUUCUUCUUCGCCUGGUACUUCCUGAAUGUUAUCUUCAACAUCAUGAACAAGAAGAUCUACAACUACUUUCCCUACCCUUACUUUGUCUCCGCCAUCCAUCUGGCAGUCGGCGUUGUUUACUGUCUGAUUUCGUGGAUGUUGGGAUAUCCGAAGCGAGCGCCUAUUGACAAGGAGCUAUUUAUGAUGUUGAUUCCGGUGUCUAUCUGUCAUGCCCUGGGUCACGUGAUGACGAACGUGUCAUUCGCUGCAGUUGCAGUGUCAUUCACACACACGAUCAAGGCUUUGGAGCCGUUCUUCAGCGCCGCGGCAUCGCAGUUCGUUCUGGGACAGUCGAUCUCUCUGCCCCUGUGGUUGUCCCUGACACCUAUCGUGCUCGGUGUGUCGAUGGCGUCGAUGACGGAGCUGUCGUUCAACUGGAAGGGUUUCAUCAGCGCGAUGACGGCGAAUGUGGCGUUCACGUACAGGAACAUCUACUCGAAGAAGGCCAUGACGGGAAUGGACAGCACGAACCUGUACGCGUACAUCUCGAUCAUCUCGUUGGCGUUGUGCAUUCCACCUGCGAUCAUUAUUGAGGGCCCCGCACUUUUGAACUCCGGCUUUUCGGAUGCCAUUACAAAGGUUGGCAUGCAGAAGUUCUUGUCAGACUUGUUCUGGGUUGGUAUGUUCUAUCAUCUGUACAACCAGCUUGCUAACAACACAUUGGAAAGGGUUGCUCCCCUGACUCAUGCCGUGGGGAACGUGUUGAAGCGAGUGUUUGUGAUCGGGUUCUCCAUCGUGGUGUUCGGCAACAAGAUCUCGACCCAGACUGGGAUCGGAACAGCCAUUGCUAUUGGAGGAGUGGCGUUGUACUCUUUUAUCAAGGCAAGACAGGAGGAAGCGAAGAUUGCCAAGAAGGCGGCUUAAAUUUGGUGAAAUGUAGUUGCAUUUUGGAACACCUUGCGCCUGAUCGUCGUUGCUCAUGUUGGGGAAAGCCGGUUCGGGGUUUCAAAUGCUGAAUUAUGGCUUGGUAGAAGUGCCCUAUCGUGGGUGUUCUGUACAAUUAUCGAGGCGAGUGGAUUGAGUUUCUGCUUUUUAUAUUUUGUAAUCGGCUGUGAGUGUGACCUUGAAUACUGCUGGUGCUGAUGUGGAGUCAGCGCCUCGCUGUCUUGAGUAGCUGUCGCAGUGUGUUUGUUCAGCUGUUACUUCUGUGUGGUCUUUGUCCCGACAAUCGAAGGCUUUUUAGAAGGAUGGGUCUUUUCCAGGCGUGGUGGUGUUAGCAGGAUUUGCAUGUUAGAGCUAACCGCCACUCUCUGGUGUGCGUCGUUAUGGUGAGCUUGUUUUUAAACUUCGAAUUCAAUAACAGUGUAUGUGAAA